UUGGCACAGUCAGACUUAAAUAUUUCAAAGAACACCUAAAUCCUUAAAUAGAUUCACUACUUAGCGUAGAGCUCAUAAUUUGCACUUGUUGCUUGCUUCCCUACCCUUCUUUUUCUGCUCAUUCAGGUAGCCUGCCUUUGCUAUUUGGAGAAUAUAAAUUUACGAUUUUUUUAAGUUAAGCAUGUUAAGACGGUCGCCUAGUAGAAAUCACAGAUCCAAAGGCAUCAAGGUAAAGCAUGUUCUGCAGAUUAUUCUGUUGAUUGGUAUUUGCUUCUGGUUGAUCUAUCAGGUUAAGCACUCUCAUGAUAAGAAGAGGGAAUUUGAUGAGAAUGAUGCAAAAGUAUCAGUCGGAUCUCAGACUGCAUAUAAGAUUCCAAAACUCGGUAGAAAAGACCUUCAUCCGGUUAAAGACGAAGUAAACCAGAAUGAAAAGCAUGAGAAAGAAGAGGAAGAUGAGAAUAUUGUAGAGGAUGAAGAUAAGCAUCAUCACAAUGAACAUGGAGAAGAAGGAAACAGGCAUGAAAGUGAAGAAAAAGAAGACGUCGAGCUUGGAAUGAGAGGAGGAGGAGAAGAAGAGGAAGAUGAAAACAAAAAUGAAGACAUGGAAGAUGAAAGAGGGGGAGGAGAUGAUGAGAUAGAUGAAAAUGAUCAAGAGAAAUCAGAGGUGGAUACUGGUCGAGAUGAGGAGUUCAUGGACGAAGAGAAAGAGAAAGAAGAGGAGGGUGAUAAGAAGGAGAACGAAAACAGUGAGGAUGAGAAUGAGGAAAAAGAGGGUUCAGUCGAAGACCACAAUAGUCAUGAGGCUCGGGACGAACAUUACAAGGGGGAUGAUGCUUCUAGCGCUGUGACUCAUGAUACUCAUACAAAUGGCGUUGUAACUGAGACAGUUAGUUUGGGAAAUUCUGAUGUGAACUCAGAAAUGAGGAUGGCGAAAUUAGAGAACAAGCCUAAUUAUACUGAGGAAAGUAACAGGAACCAACCUAGUUCUGAUUUUAAGUUUACAAAAUUUGAACUGACAGAUGGGACUUCUUCCAAUGCAAAUUCUGGUAAAGAAUCUGGAAACAACAGUUUGUCCAACCUAGUGGAUAGCUCGCAUCUAGAUAAUACUGCCUCGACAUAUUCUGACAGUCACUCAGAAGCAAACAGUAAUCUGACAAUAGUGGUCCCUAAAGUCAUCAAUAACAUGACAGGAACUGUUGCCAACACUUCAUCUGAGCAUGAUAAAAUGGUAAUCUUUUCUGAACCAAACCAAGCUGAAAAUGAUACUAUGAACACAACUAUCACGGAAGAUGUGAAAAAUGUGCAGACAGAGGGUGGCAAUAGAGCCUUUGAAGAAAACCUGACUGGUUCUAACUUAACAGUCCCUGUUGAAAGAGAAAAUGAAGAUACAGCUGGUGGUGAAUUAGAAAAGACAAGAAGAUUUGUAGCAUCAAAUGAAACUGAGAACAAGGGUAACACUGAAACGAGUGAAACAAACAAGACUGAGAAUAAUUCGUACAAGAAGGAGAACACUGAUGCCACUAAGGAUGAAAAGUUCGAGGGUGACAGGCAAAGAGGUGAAACAGCAGACUCAUUCGCUGUGAAUGGAACUUCUGAUUCCGUUGAACACCAUGCUACUGAUUCUUCUGAUUCUCAUUUCCUCAAUGGAGUGACAGGGAUCCGAACUGAUCUGCAUACGUUGCCAAAUAUUAGAAAUGAAGGAGAUAAUGGUGAUGCAACUGCGACAGAGUAAACUUGAAAGAUGGUUUUGGGUUCUCGAGAAGAGCUAAUGUGUUUUUCUUCUGACCCAUGUAGUUUGUCAAAGGUACAAAUGUAGUCUAGGGGAUAUUUAUAUCAAGGUCUGGAUAUGUAGAAUUAGUUCUAUUUCCACACUACCUACUGCUAUUGUUUGUUUCCCAUCUUUUUAUUUGUUGCUAUGAAAGUUUUUUUUUUUUUUUUCUUUGGCUGAUCAUGAUUUUCUUGUUUGAAUUUCUCAUUAUAUCCAAGCCAAU